CAGGAGAAGUACUACUGAAAGGCAAGAGGAAAUCUGAACAAGAGGAAGGCGAAGAUGUUAAAGACUCUCCCAAGAAGAAGCAGAAGAUUUCAGGAAAAAAGCAGCAAGCAGGAACACAACAAAACUCCAAAACGAAGGGCCAUUGUGUUCAGAAAGAACCAGAAACCUAUGGCACAGGUAGUAUGGAAGAGCAAUGGUCUUUGGAAAUACAGGACAAAGGCCGAGUUACCUGUCCAACGUGCCGGGCUGUGGUGAGAAAGACUGUAGAAGGUCUGAAGAAACAUAUGGUAAAUUGCAGGCAGGAAAUGUUCACAUGCCAUCACUGUGGGAAGCAGCUGAAGUCUUUAGGAGGGAUGAAAUACCAUGUCAUGGCAGACCAUAACAAUCAGCCAGUUGUGAAGGAGGGAGGAGAACUGGAUGAGCAGCUUGAGCGAGACCGCCUUCGGAAGGUUUUGAAGCGUAUGGGAAAACUAAAAUGUACGAGGGAGGGCUGCACAGGCAGCUUCACUAGCAUAAUGGGAUAUCUGUAUCAUGUUAAAAAAUGUGGGAAGGCUGCUUCUGAGCUGGAGAAAAUGGCUAUGAAGUGCCAUCACUGUGGAAAAGCAUACAAAUCAAAGGCAGGACUCGUCUACCAUCUCCGAUCUAAGCAUGGGCCGGUCACUUUCCUCCAUGAAGAGAGAAGAACAGAGAGCCUGAAGGAAAUAAAACGGGAGCAAAACAACACAGGCAGAGUUCAGAGGAGGUCUGCAAAAGUGGCAAUCUACUAUCUGCAUGAGCUAGCUGGAGAAGAGCUGGCCAAAGAGUGGCCCAAGAGAAAAGUUCUGCAGGACUUGAUUCCAGACGACCGGAAGCUGAAAUAUACUCGCCCUGGACUACCCACGUUUAGUCAAGAUGUGCUGUGCAAAUGGAAAACGGAGAUAAAGAUGUACCGAAGAGUCCACUGCCCAAAUGAG